GGGGCAGGAAUUCCAGUAGGACACAGAAGAAACGAAGAAGAUGGUAAGUGACUGUGCAUAAUGUUCCCAGACUUCAUAAUUUAUAUUCUUAGACAUUGAUAAAUCUGUGACUCCUGAAACACAGUGCUGUUACUGAACAUCCAUCACUCUGUUACUCCCAUACAAUUCUAUUAAUGAACCACUUCCCUGUUACUAAUGUACUGACAAUAUUUUAUUGGACUUCCCUCAUUCUGCUCUUCCCCUACUGGCAAACACAAUACCAUUACUGGACAUCUAUCACACAACACCUGUACUGCCUGUCUUUCUACCUAUUGAUUUAUAUAGCUCAACUACUUUCCUACUUAUACCCAAUCACUCUGCACACUUACUCACACAACCUUAUCAAAGGACAUGGGUCUCUCUUACUUCUGUACUGACCCACACAAUACUAUCACUUUGCAUCCAUCACUUUGUAACUCCAGUAUUUACUAAAACAAUGCUGUUAUUAAUAGUCCUACCCCAAUCCAUACAAAGCUAUUACACAAUUUCAAACACUUUGUUAAUCCUGUACAGACCCACACAAUGCUUUUCCCGAGCAUGCAGCCCCCCAGGGCACUGCAUCUCUUGUACACACACACACACACACACAAUGCUGUUACUGGACCUGCAUCACUCUAACUUCUUCACUGACCAACACAGUCUUGUCACUGGACUUCAGUCACUAUGUAACUCCUGUACUGACAAACACAGAACUGUUACUUGACUUGCAUCACUCUGUAACUCCUGUAUUGACCCACACAGUGGACCUGUUAAACUUCCCCAGAAAUGCUCAUGCCCUGUAGGUCACAGAUACACAUUAUGAUUCUUACUAGUUUUACAGCUCAUUGCUUUUUCAUUGUAUUAUAAUCUUGUGAGAUAUACAACACACACGGUAUUCAGAAAGUACUCCAGCCCUUCAUGUUUUUCACGUGUUAUGUCGCAGCCUUAUGCUACAAUUGUUUAUUUAUUUUUAUUUGUCUACAUUCAAUACCCCAUAAUGAUAAAGCAAAAGACAAAUUUUUGCCCCAUUGCAAAUAUAUAAAACAGAAAAACAACUGCCACUUAGUUAUUGCAGCAAGUACAAUCUCAAGUAUUGGCGGUAUAUUGUGACAAGAUUUGCACCUUUAUUUGGGUAGUUUCUGACAUUCAUCUCUGCAAUCCUCUCAAACUCAGGUUGUUGGUAGGCACCCAUUUUCCGGUCUCUCCAGAGAUUUGAUUGGGUUCAAGUCCAGUCUCUGGCUGGGCCAGGCUUCCGUCUGGUCAGUUGCCAUAAAAGCCAGAUCAGUGGCAUGUUGUUGUCAUGGCUGUCUUUCCAAAGGGUUUCUCCCAUCUCAACAUAAGAUCUCUGGAGUUCAUUUAGAGUGACAAUAGAGAGCUUAAUUAUCUUACUUAACAAGGCCUCUCACUCCUAAUUGCUCAAUUUGGCAAUGAGGCCAGCUCUGGGAAGAGUCCUGGUUCUGCCAAAUGUAAUCCUUUUAAGUCACUUUAUUCUCUUUAUUACGGGAACCUUCCAUGAAGCCAAAAUUGUUUGUAACCAGGGGCGUACCUAGAGCAUUUGGCACCCGGGGCGGGUCCUAUUUUUGGCACCCCCCCUUGCUCCCCCCCCUCAACUUUAAAUAUAAAAACAACUAAAAAAUGUUUUAAUGUAUUUAGCACUAAGCAGUGUUUGUGUUUUUGAAUGUAUGCAUGUUUUUGUAUGGAGUAUAUGUGAGUGAAUGUAGCGGUGUGUUUGUAUGUAGUGUUGGCGUUUGAAUGCAAGCAUGCAUUUGUGUGUUGUGUGGUAUUUGAAUGCAGUGGUAUGGUUAUAUAUAAUGGUGGGGUUUGUGUGUAGUGUUGAUGUUGAAAUGCAAGAGUGUAUUUGUGUGUAGUGUUGGCGAGAUUUUUAGAUGUCUGCACAUAUACACAUACAUACACACACAAACACAGUCACACACAGAUACAUAUUGAUACACAUGCAGACAUCGUGGUGACUCUAGGAACAAUAUAUAUGGGGGGGCACAUAAGAUACCACAGUCAAAACAGGAGGGGGAGGUGGAGCAGUAAAACUUCUCACUAGGGGAUGGGGUAAUAUGCUGCCAUUGGCUGUCUGAUGCCAGCAUGCUGUGUUCUGCAUGCUGGCAUCUGACUACACAUUUGCAUAUAAUUCACAUUAGCCACACAGAUUUCUUGUUGUGGGCUGGCUGACACCUCUUAAUUUCAAUCUUUGUUUAGCAGAUAACUCCUCUAUUUGCUAUCCUUUGUGGGAUUGCCAUAUUUAAGGACACCAAAUAAGGUGCUAUCUGCUAAACAGCACCCUAAUUUGGUAUCUUUAAAUAUGGAAAUCUCACAUAAGGACACCAAUUUAGAGAAUUAUCAACUAAACAGCUAAAAGAUUUUAUUUAUUUAUAAAAUAUUUUACCAGGAAAGAUACAUUGAGAUUUCUUUCGUUUUCAAGUAUGUCGUGUGUGUGUGUGAAUGCUUUCCUAUGUGACCGGCUGAAUGCGCGCGCAGCUCUUGCCGCGCGUGUGCAUACAGCCGCAUGGGAGGAGAAGAGGAGGAUCGGAGGAGGAGAGCUCUCCGCCCAGCGCUGGAAAAAGGUAAGUUUUAACCCCUUUCCCCUUUCCAGAGCCGGGCGGGAGGGGGACCCUGAGGGUGGGGGCACCCUCAGGGCACUAUAGUGCCAGGAAAACAAGUAUGUUUUCCUGGCACUAUAGUGGUCCUUUAAUUUGGUAUGUAAAGAAUCAACAAUAGAAUCAAGUUGAUUCAACAAUAGAAUCAACAAUAGAAACAAGUAGAAAUAUUUAUAUAUUUUUACCAAAUGUAAUAAUUUUGCAAAGUUUUCAAAAAUAUGUUUUUUACUUUUUCAUUAUGAGGUAUUAACUGUAGAAUGUUAUGAAAAAAAUUAUUUAAACAACUGUAGCAUAAGACUGCAACAUAAAAAAAUGAAAAAAGUACAGGGGUCUGAAUACUUUCUGAAUGCACUGUAUUAUAUAUAAUGCUGCUCCUGUGAUUACUCUUAGCUGAAUUGCACUCACUGUGAGCAUAAAUCAUUACUGUAUAUUUCUAAGAUGCUCCAGCAUAAACAGUCACUCACUCUCACAAUUUGUUGCACAGGCCAGCAGAAAGGCAGUAACCAGAGGGAAAGCAGCUGCUAAACGUGCUCAGCGUGGCUCCUCUAAUGUCUUCUCCAUGUUUGAGCAAUCCCAGAUCCAGGAAUUCAAGGAGGUAAAGCAGUGUGCUAUCUCGUUAAACACAGCAAAGCUGGUACUUGUGUAAAAAAUGAUGACUUUCAUACAAGGUUAAUUCUUUGGGGAAUGUGGAUUACAAAAAACACACACAACACUGAUGGGCAUAUAUAAGAAUAAGAAUUUGUAUAUUCACAUUAAUCAGUAAAUUAGGCCACUGUUAGAGAAUUACAGAGUUAAGUCUGUAUUCAAUUAAAAUAGUUUUAACAUUUAAUUCAUUGAUUAUAUGACAUACUGGGUGUUUGAUCCCUCUGUCCUCCAUGCUUUUAUUGGUUAGUGCAUUCUUUCCAACGGCCAUAUAAAAGAAAAGAGACUCAGGACUAUGGCACCUUACAGAUAGUUUUGGGCUGUUCCUCACCUCUCUGUAGUUAUAGUGACACUAUUAAACUGAAGUCGUCACUACCCACAAUAUUCAUUUUCUGUUUACCUAAACAUAAAUUAAUCACCCCUUCUAUGCUGAUUAGUAAGCACCUUAUUUCCCCUUUAUCCACAGCUUUCUUACCAGGUUGGAAUUACCAACCAGCUUUCAUUACCAGGUCUUUCACUCUUCCUUACUAUGAUACGUAGCUCACACAUAUUCACCAUUACAUCAAGCUGCAUCUAUUGCAAUUUCUUUGUUCACUACUUUGUGCAAAUAAUACUGAUUUUCUUAUUCCAGGCAUUCAGCUGUAUAGAUCAGAACCGAGAUGGAAUUAUUACCAAAUCUGACCUCAAAGAAACAUAUAUGCAAUUAGGUGAGUUACCCUACUCAAUCAAACAAAGAGGAAAUUAAUGGCAAUGCUGUUGUAAAGUAAUGGAUCUGCUCCUGUAUAACAAUGCUUAUAAAAAUGUCAUAAUUCACAAUAACAGAUUUUGCAGAGUACACAUCUUACAGAAUCCUUCCAGCCUCAACUGAUAGAUAUGCUGGGACUCAUCUAUUCACUUUUAAGGGGAAUACCAUUAAAUAAGACAUUGAAAAUGACCUAGAACUAACAACAUUUUUUCUUGUGACGCUCCAUUUUAUUCUGAAUUGAUUUACAGACCCAUAAAGCACUUAAAGGGACACUGUAGACACCCAUGCCACUUCAGUUAAUUGAAGUUGUCUGGGUGCUGUGACCCUUUUGCACUUAGUGCUGCAAUGUUAAACAUUGCAGUUCCAGAGAACUGCAAUGUUUACAUUGCAACUCUAAGUCUGCCCUCUGUGGCUGUCUAACAGACAGCCACUAUAGGGAUCUUGGAUUCUAAACGGACUUUUGGUCCGUUAUCUGAUGCUGGACGUCCUCAUGGACCUCCAGUGUCAGAUUUUCCCCAUAGGACAGCAUUGAAUAAUGCUUUCCUAUGGGGAGGUCUAAUCCGUGCACGGCUCUUGCCACGCAUGCGCAUUAGGUCUCCCCCGCCGGGUGACGUCAGACGGCAGGGGAGGAGCGUGGGCAGAGCCUGACCCAGCGCCGAGGGACAUUGGCGCUGAAUUCAGGUAAGUGGCUGGAGGGGUUUAAACCCCUUAAGCCCCGCGGGAGGGCUGCCCCAAGGAAGGGCGGAGGCACUACAGGAGUAUGCAGUGCCACGGGUUUGUUUUCCUGGCACUAAAGGAUCCCUUUAAUAUUGCUGAAAUGCUUCAGAUGUAAAGAGAGCUGCCCCUUUUUCCGCCUUCUUACAUUCUCUUGUCUGUCAAUCAGACAACCAGUCCUGUUGCUUCCUGGUUUUGUUAGCUCAGUAAAACUAAAAGCAAGAGGCAACUGUCCGGAGCACCAGCCUUCAACAGACAUUUCAAUGAACUGCAUUGGGCAGUCUGUCAUUGGACGCCCACACAAAGUCUAGGCUGAAGAAGAAGAAAAAGAGAGUUUUGCAAAGACUGCAGAAAAGACAUCUGCAGGUUUUUGAGCUGUUUUUAUUAAAUGAAUUUAAAAAAAAAAACACAUAAUUUAAUGCAUGCAUGUUUUCAUUGUGGUCUAUCUACUAAACAGUUUUAUUAUUUUAUUUAGGCAGUAGAAUGCAGGGCCGGAUUAACAUAGGGGCUGAUGGAGCUGCAGCUCCAGGCCCAGGCCCAUGGAAUAGGCCCAUUGAUUUAAAAAAAAAAAAUAUAUAUAUAUAUAUAUAUAUAUUUUUUUUCACACACUACUCUUAGGGAUUCCACAUGGCUUUUAUUUUAUUGGCACAGCCAGUAUUUGAGGCUGCCUGGCUGGUGCCAAUAUUGCAGUGAUACUGGCAAAAUAAAUGCUGGUAUUUUUCUCAGUAUAAAUGGAGAUUACUCUGCAAUACCAGCACUGGCCAGUAGGGGUCGCUGUAUGUGGAGACAGGCAGGGAUAGGAAGUUCCAGCAUAUCCCUCCCUGCCUAUCUAUAAUCACUGAUCUACAGGGGAGCAGCUACAGAGAGUCCAGACAGCAACUCCCAUCCUGCAGAGACAGCCUACAGCUCAGGGAAGUAAGGGAUGGGGGAAAAGGCUGCAAGGAGGCAUACACUGAGACACUAAGGGGCACUGGGAGACAUUAUGGCAGACACUGAGACACUAAGUGACAUUGGGAGACAUUAUGGCAGACACUGAGACACUAAGGGACAUUGGGAGACAUUAUGGCACAGACACAUGGGGACAUAGUGUCCCCAUGUCUCCCAGCCAGUGUCCCUGGUGUCUCAGUGCCCCCUAGUCUCCCAGUGACCCCUAGUCUCCCAGUGCCCACAGUCUGCCAGUGUCUCACUAUCCCCAUGUCUCCUAUUGCCUCAAUGUCUCUCAGUGCCUCAAGUGUCACAAUGUCCCCAAGCUAGUGUUCCUAGUGCCUGUGGCCCUGGUGUCUCAGUGUCCCCAUGUCUCCCAGUGCCCCCAUGUCUCAAUGUCCCCAUGUCCCCCAGUCAGUGUCUCUAGUAUCUUUGUCCCUGGUGUCUGUGUCCCCAUGUCUUCAAGUGUCCCCUAUUUUCCCAUUGUCCCCAUGUGUCCCCCUAGUCUCCCAGUGUCACUGGUGUCUCCUUGUCCCUAGGUCUCCCCGUGUCCCCAGGUCUCCCCAUCUUCCUAGUGUCCUAGUGACAUGGGGACCCUGGGAUACAUGGGGACACAGGGAGACAUGGGGCAUUGAGACACUGAUACAUAGGAUCACUGGGAGACCUGGGGACACAACAUUAGGGGACACUGGGAGACAUGGGGCACUGAGACACUGAUACAUAGGAACACUGAGACCUGGAGUAAUCGACACAUGGGGGCACUGAGUCAUGAGGGCACUGGGAGACAUGGGGGCACUGGGAGGAAUCCAUCUAUACAGCAGAUUCAAACUAAGUAGUUUUUUGAUGAUUUUACAGCAUUUUCUCUUAUGUCACUCCUUGUGAUUUACAUCAUGUGAUGUCACCCACACAUAUUUAAUUAUGCAAAUUAGUAAGGCCGGUAUGUUUUUCCAAGAAAGGUGGCAACCCUAACUACUUUUCACAUACUCUUACUUAAGUAUAGAAACUUAAGAGGGAUGUAUGGGAACAACAUUUGUGUGGACUGGCUGACAAUGAAUAUAGGUAAAGAAACACUAUAGUCACCAGAACAACUACAGCUUAUUGAAUUUGUUCUGGUGAGUAGAAUCAUUACCAUCAGGCUUUUUGCUGUAAGCAUGGUCUUUUCAGAGAAAAUGCUGUGUUUACAUUACAUACUAGUGAUAACUUCACUGGCUACAUGACUGUUAGAGAUCCUCCCUGGGUCAUGGCUGCCUAAAAUGCAUCCAAACAUUCAGUAUCUCCUCCCUCUGCAUGCAGACACUGAACUUUCCUCAUAGAGAUUCAUUAAUUAAAUUCAUCUAUAUAAGGAGAUGCUGAUUGGUCAGGGCUGUGUUUGAAUCAUGCUGGCUCUGACCCUGAUCUGCCUCUUUGUCAGUCUCAGCCAAUCCUAUGGGAAAGCACUGUGAUUGGAUCAGGCCACCACUUCUAAUGAUGUCAGCAGACUGCUUGUUUUUAUGAGCCUAACAGCAUGCAGAGUUACAGCUUCAGGCUUGAAUAUAGUAGGAUUUUGCUAUAUUUAUGGAGGCAUGUGGGGCCCAGGGGGCUAGAUGGUGGUGUUAACACUAUAUGGUCAUGAAUUCAUGUUUGUGUUCCUGACCCUAUAGUGAUCCUUUAAGGUAAUGCUGACUUUGGUCUCUCUAACACUGUGGCAUGUUCCCUUUCUUCUACACUCACUACAUACAGCUUUUCUCUGUCCCAGACCAUAUACCAGGAGCUUCUGCCUGCUAGUAAGAAGGUAAGGAGACAAGUGGACCAGCGAGUGCUAGGGGACAGUCCUUAGAAAGCGUUGAGCGAGCGCAUCAUUAGAUGCAUUUAUGCCAAGCUCAGGGUGCUGUCUGCAUAGUAUGCCCUUUGUUGGCCAGCUGCAUGAUUGGCAGGCAGCCUGACAUGCAUUCAUGCCAGGCUGGCCUUCUAAUUCUUUGAGCAGACAUGUCCUCUUUUUGGGCAUGUUCGCCCCUUUUGGCAGGUUACGUGAUUUGUGUCAGUGGCACACCCUUUUACCAAUGCCCAUUGACUUCCUGCUUGACUGGGCACUGCUGUUAGGGGUUAUGGAUUACUUGAAAGAUGAAAACAUAAAUUAGAGAGAGAUUAGACUAGGGUAUGUGUUUUCUUAUAGCUGCUGUUUUCUUUCUCUCCAGCACCAUCUCCAUCUCCAUCCAAUACAUGAUGCUUGGGAGUGUUUUACUGUUUUUGGUCGAUAUGAUUCUGUAAUUAGGCCCGUCAUAAUUGUCAGCACCAGGCCCACUGGGCUCUUAAUCUGGCCCUGGUAGAAUGUACCUUUAACCCAUGAAAGCCAUUAGGGCAGGCUAUGCCAUCGUGCAGUAGGUUUAAACACCAUUAGGGCGGUGUAGCACACUGUAAUUAUUUAGCCCUCCAUGCGGUCCACCUUUUCAUGCUGCCGAUCACCAUCUGGGGGUCUGCCUAGCAACUCAGCCAGUCCCCCUGCAGCCAAUGAAGGUGAUCUGCAGCAUGUCAUUGUGGUGACAGGCUGUCACCAUGAUCACAAUAAUAAUGUCUCAGCCAAUCAUUUGUAACAUUGGCUGAGACAUUGUCUCUGUCCCUCUCUUUGAUCUGAGGCAAGAGUGGCAGACAGUUCAUUGCCUAAACUGAGCUUCUGUGUUAAAAAGUGUUUUGUUUUUUUUAAAUAAAAAUAAAUCAUUUUUCUUUUUGUCAGCAGCAGUUUUUAAUUUUAUUUAUCCCCUUCCCUGCUGUCUGAUACUGUACCAUACAAUACAGAUACUAUACAGUACUGUGAUAAGUGUGAUCAGCGGGUUUUCUGAUCAAGCUGGCAUUUAUUUCUGUUUUUUAUAAAAAGAAAACAAAAUUUAAAAAUGACCUUUUUAGUGCUGGUCGCAGCAGUUUGAUCUGUGAUCAGUAAUUUAUUUAAAUUUUUGUGUUGGGUUUUCUGUUGGUGGAAGUAGGAAUUGUAAAUCAGGCAGGUAGGCAAAUUAAAUUAUUACCAUUAGUGGCAUAGCAUAAAUUAAUCUCCAUAAGAUGGCACGAUAUUUUACCGCAUACAAUAGCGUGUCAGUGUGGGAUCCAGAAGCUAAUCUCGGGAGGGGCACUGGCAGAUCAUUUUAAGAAACAAUUCAGGCACAAUAACCACUACAGCUCUCUGUAGUGAUUUUGGUGCCAGGAGUUGCUGUGACGCCCUCACUGAGUAAGUAGUCAAACCGUUUAAAAAAAAGUUUGAUAACUUACCCAGGGUCUCCUGGGAUAGGGGCUGUAGUGUGUAUGUAUGUGAGGGGUGCAGUGUGUGUGGGGGUCGCAGUAUGUGUAUGCAGGGGUAGUGCGUGUGUGCGAGGGGUGAAGUGUAUGUAUGGGGCAGCAAUUUGUAUAUUGGGAGCAGUGUGUUUGUGUGUAAAGGGUGUAGUGUGUGUACUGGCAGUUCUAGUGGGAGAGUGAACUCUAACCUGCUCUGUGCUCGCAAGAGGAGACCCGGCGGAGCUGCAGGUUAGAGCUCCCCCGGGUCCUCUCUCCCUCCUCUGCCGGCCGUCCAGCAAUGUGCCUGUGUGGGCCGGGGAGAGAGAUCACUGAUCUCGCCUCUGGUCUGUGAUGGUAAACAGCAGGGCUGGGCGCUUCGAUAGCACCAGCCCUGCAUGGGCUGGCAGAGGAGAGCCUCGGACUCACUAUUUUUGCCCCGUUCCCACCCCCCCCCGGAUCCGCCAAUGUAGCGUGUCUGCCAUUUUGGUAGGUUCUGAUAGUGACAUUCACGCAGACAGUGACACUAUGACUGCCUCUAACAUUGAGCUUCUAAGUGAGUCCUCCAGUGAUGGUGCCCCACCACCAUCUACAAGAAGGCCCAUAGGAUGCCACAAAGUACCAGAUUAAAACUGGGUACCCGAAAUUUGAUUGCCCUAGAAUUACCACGAUUCACAACUACACCUGGCAACACAACAACAGUAGAUGUUUGUGAGCCAGUGAACUAUUUUAGCCUCUUAAUGUCAGACGACAUAUUUGAGCUGAUGGUUGAGCAAAGAAACUUGUGUGCCACCCUGUAUUUUUAAGCGAAUCCGGGGUCACAUUACAGUAGAAAAAAAAUGUGGCAUCCCACUAAUGUGGCAGAAAUGAAAACAUUUUGGGCACUAACUCUAGUAAUAGGCAAUGUGAGGAACCCAAGUAUGAGGUCCUACUGGCACAAGUAUCCCAUCCUGGCUUCCCCCGCUGCGAUUCCUCUAUUUUAAUGAUAACACCCUGUGUACCACUAGAAACGACCCAUAGUUUGACAGGCUCUACAAAAUCCGUCUCCUUAUCCAACUCCUUUUCCAAGUUUAUAUCCCAGACCAAAAUAUUUGUAUUGAUGAAUCCCUUGUGAAAUUUAAAGGUAGAAUGCUUUUCAAAUAAUAUAUCCCAUUGAAGCGGUCAUGAUAUGGCAAUAAAUUCUAUAAAUUAGGUUAAUCUACUACUGGUUAUACAUGGGCAUUUCAGAUUUAUCAAGAUAAGUAUAGCCACCUUGACCCACUAUAAUGCCCAGAUUAUGUGGGCACAAAUGGCAAGAUUGUGCUACAUCUGUUCCUUCCCUGAGGGAUACAGGCUAUGGGUUGAUAAUUAUUAUACCAGCAUUGAUUUAUUUAAAUGUGUAUUUUGUUUCAAAACCCAAACAUGUGGUAAAGUGUGUAAAAUAAGCAGAAAUUUCUCCCAAACAAUGACAAGCGGCAGAUGCAGUAGAGGCUCCUCUUCAGCUCCACGCCAGGAUGAGCUGCUGGCCCUUCGGUUCACAGAUAAGAAGGAUGUGUACAUGCUGCCUACAAUGCACAAUGAAAGUACUGUGCCAGUGUCUGUCAGAGAAAGAACGGAGAUGCAUGAAAACCAGAAGUGCAUUGUAGACUACAGCAAGUAUAUGGGAGAGUAGACUUGGCUGAUCGAUGUAUACAGCCUGGUGAACAGAAAAACUAGGUCCUGGUACAAGAAAAUUGCAAUCUACUUAAGCCAGGUUGCAUUUUUCAGUUCCUAUAUGCCAAAUAAGAAAUAUAGCCAUAUGGAAGACAUACCUAUAUCUUGAUUUUAUGUUGAAACUUUUGUCUGAUGUUUUAUUUAUCCAAUCCUCCAUAUCUGGAAUCAGAAGAUGUACAAAGACUUUGUAGCAAGCAUUUUCCUUCCUGAAUUCCCCUUCCACUCCCUGUAAAAAUUCAGUCUGGAGAAAGUGUCCCAUUUGAUAUAAGAAUGGAGGAACUCUAGUUAUUACUGCCCUUCCUGCCUUCUGCAUAACAAACUGUUUCAGAGUUUACCACACAGAGCUGAACUAUUGACUCACUCUGCAUGGGACUUUGCCAGUUUGAUUAUUCUGGAUUUCUGACCUCAGCUUGUCCAGAUUACUCUUUGCUAGCUGCCUGUUAUACGAACUACACUGACUUCUGGAUUCCCCUGACCUUGGCCCUAAUAUAUUUGACCCUGCAACUUUCCUGGGUUUUUCAUGUGGGGAACUAUUGGUGAGACAAUGCUACGCAAAAAUAUUGAAGCUUUAUUACCCUAGUGCACAUGAAAAUUGAAUUUAUGUAUGUAAAAAAAUACAAAUAAAAGUGUUUUUUUUUUUCCCAUUUGUGGCUAGACUGAACAUCUCAAAAUAUGCCAUUUGGAAUAUUCUGGGUUGCCUGCUUUUCAAAAUAGUAAAAAGUUGACAAUCACUUCAUCAAAUUUGCAUAUACAUAUAUAUAUAUAUAUAUAUUUGUAUAUACACCGGUAUUUAAAAGAAGAAGACAGAUUUUUAAUGGUAAAUGGGAUUUGAUAGAAAACCUGCUAAUACUUAUUCAAUAUUUACUAAGACUAUUGGGUCCUAGCAGACGUCCUAGCAAGGGAGAAACUCAUACACAAUACACAUUGGUAAAACAGGACACAUAUGAUAAUUAAAGCGGCACUGUCAUGGCCGCAUCCAUUUUUUUUUAACCUACCUCCCGACUCCACUACAUCUAAUUGCCCCCCUAGUUACUCUCAAAUGCUCCUAAUCCCCCUGUAACGGAACCGCUUGCACCCCGACCGGGUACAUAGAAACAUAGAAUGUGACGGCAGAUAAGAACCAUUCGGCCCAUCUAGUCUGCCCAAUUUUCUAAAUACUUUCAUUAGUCCCUGGCCUUAUCUCAUAGUUAGGAUAGCCUUAUGCCUAUCCCACGCAUGCUUAAACUCCUUUACUGGGUACCUUCCGUUGAUGGAUGCUCCUAGAACUUCCGAGGACUUCAAGCACUCCACCUGACACCAUAACCACUGUAGACUCCCACGAACUGCCGCAGCUUGGUUGGGGUCUCGCCGUCUUCACCCACUCUGGACCCAAGACCAGGGUCCAGCUUCCAGUAAGGUCAACCUCUCCGAAUUCCAGAGAGCAGGAACAGGAACAAGCUCUUAGCAGAGCUUAGUGAUCAUACCCUGGGGAGUAUAGUGAUUAUAGCAAUCCCCAGAGUGUAGUUCUCCAACCGCCCAAACAUGAGCCGAAACUUCAUGAAGGUACAAGAUGAUCUGACUCCAAUGAGGGUUUAUUACUCCUUAUAUACAAGUUUUCAGGCAAGAGGCACACCCCCAGAACCUGGUGGUAAACUGUGACAAAAGGGACACAAACCAAUGGGAACACUAAUUAACAUAAUAACAUUCCCACAUACACAAUGAAAUCCCUCCUCUCCAUCCUGGAGAUAAUUGGCUUAAGGCACUGCAGUAAACUCAAUUAUCUCCAGGUACAGAAAAUAUCUACAUUUUACAGUAACAGCAAAAAUACAAAAGUACAUAAAAAUACAUAAAUCUUAUUAUAUUACACAGAACCCCCACAUUUAACCUAUCCCCAAAUAGCUCGGAUCUGAGAGCCCAAUCUAGGUGAACAGCGCUCUGAUCCCAUGAACAGAGUAAAUUUGCCAUGGGGUAAAGCAUAGCAAGGGCUGUUGAGAAACCAAGGAGGGACAAAAGCAGUCAGUUCCAACUGGUUUGGCAGUGUGCCUGGGACAACGCCCUGCUGGAGAACAAUAGACAGGAAACAGGGAGAGGAAGAAACACACCUUCCCAUGGAAUCAAAUGGGCAGAAACAGUCUUUAGAAGCCAAUAGGCCCCAAAUAGUCUUUUUGAAUGGCAAUACACCCCAGGGCAAUAGUCAUGAGGAAGGAGGCUGGCAAUCAGGCUCCUCCAACAGCUGGGGGCAAAGGGCAGCUUGGCACCUAACAAUCCAGUGACAAAAGGCAUUUCAUCACACCCCCACAUUAACUAUUUUUUCAAUCUUUAUUUUAUGCCCCGAACCAGGUCCUGGGCGCCGCUAUAUUUGUGUGGGUAGAUGAAGGCCCUGUGGGACACGUCAUCUGCCCACACUAGAUAGCGCUGUAAAAUUCCUGCGCAUGCCUAGUUAAACACUGGGGCUGUUGUCCGAAAUUCGGAUGGGAAUUCCAUCUAUUCAAUGAAUAGAAAUGUCUAACGAACAAACACUGAAUAUCGAUGUUCAUUUUUUCGUUCGUCCCUAAAUUACAAUAAGGGGGGGAAAACCUAUUGUCCUGCCCCCACCCCUAUUACAAUAAAGGGGAGAAGACCUAUUAUCCUCCUCCCCGGCCCACACCCAUGAAAGUCUGCUCACUGUGUAGUAGACAUGCCCCUACUCGCGAUAUAGCGAAAAGGGGCAGAAUUUACUAAUACUAACUAAUUUUUACUUAGUAUUAGUAAAGUUGGCUGAAAGACCAAUCUUGGUCUUUCAGCCUUUUGGUAGAUAGCUCACUAUUACUGUGGGAAUUAGGGAGCUAUCUACUAAGCGGCUGCAAGAUGCAACGGCAGCACGGAUCGGAUCGGAAUUUCAUUCAUUCCAAUAAAAUUUCGAACCGACCUAAAAGUACCGAUUUACGUCCUAACAUGAAUGAACAAAGUGUUCUCAUUCUGUUAGGAUGAAAUUCUGUAGUUUCGCCUGCGUUCAAGAAUACUGACAGGAGGUAUCGUGAGAUCACGGAGGAAAAAUGAGAAUUGUGGGAAAUUGCUGGUCAGGCGUCGGACAAAUACAUACGACAAUAUAGUCCCUAGAAAACUAGAGCAGACAGGAAGAAGAGGAACCGAUUGGGAAAAGGUAAGUUCGGCAUGACAGUGCCGCUUUAAAUAUCAAAAGCUGACAUAGGAAGAUUCCUUUUUUAGAGAAAUUAUUAAAAUGUUAUCACUUUAAAAUUAAAAUAUGCAUUUGUUGCAAGUCAGUUCAGAAAUUUUAGCACAACCAAAUAGCUAACUAAAGAUAUCAAAUGGUAGUGCUAAAACUUUUGAAAUUCUUUAUAGAUUAAUUUUUAUUUCAUGCUUUACUGGGCACAAUGGGCAAAGCAUGCAAGUUAAUUAAACACUGUGGUGCUGUACACACAGCGCAUGCGUGCAUACAGGGAAGCUAGAGAAAACACCAAAGGAGCAUUUCUCCAUAGAUGCCUGAAUGUACAGUGCCCCCGAGGUAUGGAUGUCCAGAAAGCAGCAAAGGUGACACUGACAUUUUUAUACAAAUAUAAACACAGCAGCUCUGUAGUCCGUGUGUAGAACAUUUCCUUCAAAUGUCCAGGAAUCUAAAUUGAUGUCCUAUUUUGGGACAAGGUGCAUGCACGACCUAGUGUUUAUCUAAAUAUGGACAAAACUUUGAUGUCACUGACAUGUGUUUAGCUUAGUUUACUUUCUGGAUAUGCAUGUUUAUUUUCUUCCUUUGGAUAACAGUUUCCUAAAUUUAAUAUCUGCUUCAAUUUCACCCUCUUAGGCAAGGUGAACGUGAAUGAAGAUGAGCUGGAAGAGAUGCUAAAAGAAGGAAAAGGACCUAUUAAUUUCACUAUUUUCUUGUCACUGUUUGGAGAGAAGCUUAAUGGUAGGUGCUAUUAUAUACCAUCAGUUCUCAAAGACUGGAUCAUUAUUGUCUGCACAUGACAGUCUAGAUUUUGGCCAUUUGGGAGGUAUAUUCUUGGGGCAGGAGUCUGCACUAUAGAUUCAUGGCUCGAGCAAAAUGCAGGAGAUCCAUGGGUCUAUAUGCAAGUUUAGUGGAAUGUGACUAACAAACAGAAACAUGGCAAAUAUAUUUUCUCUACCAUUCUGCUACAUUCUGCCUCAGUUUUUCUAUAUUUUAAAUAGUUCCUCCACCCAUAAAAGCUAUGGUUUGCAAUUUUGCUAAUAGGUAAAGUUUCAAUUUGCUGUACCUUUUCUCACUCUCUUUUCUUUUUUUAGGAACAGACCCUGAAGAUAUUAUCGUCAAUGCUUUUAAACUCUUGGACCCCAAUGGAACCGGCAAUGUCCAGAAAGAUGAGUAUGUUCUACAAUCACUCAUAUGAUAGGCGAGAAUAAGUAGGAGAGAAUGGUGGGAAAACCAAGUUUCCUUCCCAAUUCCCUAACAAACCGACAGGCCUAUAAUAUAACCAAAUAUUGCCAUAAAUAAUUAGUGCAAAUGGGAUUGGGGUAGGUAUUUUUUUCCUUUUUUUCCUGGCCACAUGGAUAUAGGGAGGAGUGGGAUUAUUCACUUGUGCCGGUCCUCUGGGGGUAUGGGGUCAUUAUUAGGCCAGAAGCCUUUGGAAUUCACUGGAUUCUGGGCAUCUUAAAGAAACACUACAGGGUCAGGAGCACAAACGUGUAUUCCUGACUCUAUUGUGUUAGAACUAUUUAGGUGGCUUGCCCCCUUAGAAAGGGUUAAAACUUACCUUAUUACCACCCACACGCAGGUCCGCCAGCACUGGCCCCAUGCACGAUCCGCCUCUUUGCUGACAUCAUCAGAAUUGAUAAUCUCAGCCGAUUCAAUACUUUCCCAUAGGGAAAGCAUUGGAUUGGCUGAGAACCUCACGGAGCCGGGGUGGGAGAGCGGGGCCAAACGCCGUCCUGGCCAAUCAACAUCUCAUUAUAGAAAUACAUUUAAUCUCUGCAUGGAGACACUGUGUAGCACUGCCCAGAAAGCACCUCCAGUGAUCAUUCGAGGAGUGGCCACUGGAGGAUGUCCCUAGGCUUUAAUGUAAACACUAUUUACAGCAAAAUGCCUGCAUUAAGCUCAGUGGUGUAUCUUGGAUUUGUACUGCCCUAGGCACAACUAAAUUCAGACACCCCCCUAAUCUAAAUUUGCACAACCACUUUUUGUCAAGGCCACUUUUUUGACUGACAGACGCACACCCUCAUUGACAGAUGCACUGUCAUACAUUUAAUGACAGAUACACAGUCAUUGGCACACACACUGUUUAAACAACCCACACUUUCACUAACAAACACCCACUCACUGAAAGACACACACUGACACAAACAUCCUCACUGAUAUGACACACUCUGAGAAGCACACGCAUUCACUCACAGACAUACACUGACAGACACACACACACUCCCUGACAGACACACACACACACACACACUCCCUGACAGACACACACACACACACUCACUGACAAACAGACACGCUCACUGACAGACACACUCACUGAAAGACACACUCACUGGCAGACACAGACAUACUCACAGACAGAGACACACACACACUGGAUACACACAUUCACUGACAGCCACACACAUACACACUUUCCCAUACACUCACCGUUGCUGGGCUGACUGGGCGGACAGACUCCUGGGGCUGUUGGCUUGGUUGCCUGGGUGGGCGGGCGGGCAGGCGCUUAAUGGAGGUGGCAAGGGUACUGAGCUCUUCCUGCUCUGAGGGAGCAGGAAGAGCUCAGAGGACUGCGCUCCCUCGCCGCCCGCCUACACUUACACUAUGAGCCAGUUGGCCACCUCUUGCUCCCCCCCCCAGGACAUGAGGCAAACAAAGCACUUACCUGGGCACUUAGCCCGGCGUUUUUUGCCACCCCCCUUGAAAGUGCCGCCCUGGCAAAUGCUUUUUUUGCAAAGGAGAAAAGUAUUAGCGCUAUUUGAGUAGUGUGUGCUUAUUUUGAUAUAGAAAUUAUAUACACCAAAUUUAAGUAGCUGCUAAAUCACCGUAGUAUCUUUAGUAAGGAGAAAUGCUUUGUUUGCCUUACUGUAAUUACAGCCUUGAUUGAGCUGUAGUUGUUCUGGUAACUAUAUUGUACCUUUAAUGUGGCCCUGCCUGUUUGCUAUGUCACAGCACUACAAUGGCUAAGUUAGAGCUAGAUAGAGAGCUUACACAUGUAUAGUGGGGAUUUAAGCUGUAAAAAACCACCUAAUGUUUUUUUCUUUGUUUGUGUUUUGUGAAUCAAAAUGUUAUAAAAAAAAACAUUAACAGGUUUUAGUUCCAGCAAUAAAGCAGAAAUCAAGGUGUUAUGACAUACUGAAUAGCGCCAAUCACAGAAAUUGUAAAAAAAAUAUUUUUUACAAAGACCCUUUAUCAACAAGCAUAAAAAUCACAGAAAGUGUGAAGUGCAAAAAACAACCCACUAAUAUAAAGAGAGGAAUAAAGAAAUAAAAUAAGAGUACUCUGAACAUCUAAUGAUCUCCUUGCACUUUAGGGAGAUAGUCAUUCUGUGAACCAUAGUCAUUAUGGUGCAUGAAUCCUGUCCCUGCAGUCUAAAAUUUCAAAGCUCAUUAUUUUUCAACCCCAGAUGUCCACCUUCCUUAAAGUACUUUCCACUAGCUGCCCAUAUAACCAGAAAUCAUUGAGUAGGCGCAUUGCAGCAAGCUCUGUACAUGUGCCUACGUUUCCUAAUGUUCUUUAAUGAGGAGCAUUGGUUUGGCCCGUCAUUCUGGAGGCACUCCACCAGGAUGAUGUAAACCGAGGAGGAGGUUGUGGCAGCACCGAGGGACACUUGGACGUUAGGAAUAAAGAUAUGUAUUCCAAAUGCUACAGUGUUCCUUUAAAAGAUUUUUUGUUCUCUUCCCAUUCAGGUUGAAGCAUUUGUUGAUGACACAGGCAGACAGAUUCACUGCAGAAGAGGUCAGUAGCUGGUAUAUAAACCUCUUCAAGACACAUGCAGAUUAAAAUGUUAAUGUCAAGUAUUAUGGUUUUAUAACAUGUAAAUUCUCCUGUUGUGCAAUUCGGACUGUAAACUUGGAGUGAAGGAAUGGUGUAUUAAACUGUAGAUUCAGCUCCAACAAGAAAACAGUAACAAGUUUGUAUUGCGUCCUGUGAGAUAUUUUAUCAUUAGCUUAACAACAAAAGAGAAGGGGUGUAUUGAAUUUGUCUAAAAUGUAUAUCCAGUGUCUAAUCAUGUAAAUCUAAAUAGUUAAAUAGUUCUCUUCUAUAAAAAAUAUAGUGCAUAUCACACAAAAUGGGUGGGUAAUCCAAAAUAUAUUAACUGGUUAGUGCCCUAGCUGUUUCCUAGAAUAGCAGGGGAAAAUAAUUAAAUACAUUGCUGUAUUUGAAAGCUUGUUCAAUACACAAAGCAAAAAACUGCGCAACCAGAAAAACAAAAACUAAACAAAACAAAUAAAUAAAACUAGCCUCAAUGAUUAAUCAAAACAUAAUUUCUCUAAUUGAGUAGUUAUAGAUGUGAAAUGUGUGUGUGGAGACAAUUUAGAGACAGGACAGUGUGAUUCUCUUAAAUAAGGGAUUUUAUACCUUAUUUCUAUCCUUACUUCUCUCUUUAUUUACUUUUCUACAUUAUUGAAUCAUUCUCAGAUUUUUAUCUGUCUUUCCCUCUUCCUAAAUAUGCAGAAACGUGGUAUCGUGCCAGCUGUGUUUUUAGGAGGGCUCAUAUACCCACCAAGUAUCUCUGCAUGAACCUAUUUUCAACAAUAAUUACGAUUUUGCACCGUUGGGGUCUUCACUAGACAUUUUUUCAGAACAAAAAUAUACAUCGUUAUAAUAGCUAUUGAAAGGAUGCAUCCACUCCUACUUUAAUUAAUGCUGUUAUGCAACUUUUGAUAUCAGUUUAAGUAGAUAAUAUAAUGCAACCAGAUCUCGUUUUGCUUGACUGUGUAGUACGUAUAAAGUGUUUUGAUAAAUCAGUGGUGCUGUUUUUUUUUUUCAGUAAAGCUGCAGUUUGGUUUGUGUAUUAACCCAGCUUUGGAAUAAAGGGAUUUAUUUAUAUAUUUUUAUAGUAGAGAACUAUUCCAAUAUUUAGAUUUACAUGACUAAAUAAACAAGACUGAAGAUGUUGGAUAUAUAUAAUUUCAAUGAUUAUUUAAUGUUAUAUUUUAAACAUAUUCCCAUACCAUUUGUCUCAAUUGUUUAGAUAUGCCUGUGGGUAAAUCCCCCAUUUUGUGUUAAGCACCUUAACAUUAUUAGCGCACUCCUUUUUGUUUAUUUAUCAUUUGUUUGUAGUAUGGUUGAGAUGGAACUGCACAUUCUGGAUCAUUUUGCACAAAUUUAUGUUAUAAGCGUACAUGAAUGAGCCUACUCAUCUUAAUAAAUUAAUUAUCACUUAUUGCAUGAAGCUCACAAACACUUUGCAGUGAAAACAGACCCAAGAAGCAGAUGUAGAAAGAUGGAUAUGUUCAUUUCCAGAGUUGGAUAAUACCUCUCACACCAGGACUAGAAGGCCAAGUCUCAAUUUAUAGAGCAGCAUAAAGAAUAGGAAAAGUUAUAUGUAUAAAGAAUGCCCUUUGAGUAUUUCUGUAAUUAGUAUUUCUAUAAUUUAACAAAACAUUCGGGUUUCUAACCUGUUCUAUGGAUGCAAAAAAAUGACUACCUCAACAAAAGUUCCAUCAAGUAUUUAAAUGUAGCCUUCUGACUCAUAUUAAACACAAAUAUUUUUUAAUUGUUUCUGAUAACUUUCCAGGUGGAGCAGAUGUUCGCAGUGACCCCUAUCGAUGUGGCUGGAAAUAUUGACUAUAAGUCGCUAUGUUACAUCAUCACUCAUGGAGAUGAGAAAGAAGAAUCUUGAAGGCCUAGUAGAUGUGCCACAGGCAAUGAAGACAAUUUGACCCACACUCUGAUUUUGCAUAACAUGAAACAUUUCCAUUUUAAGAUUCAAAUUAUUUCAUGUACACUGUGUUUUAGCCAUAUGGUUAGCACAAACAUAGAACAGGCAUAGACUUGUAACUAUUUCUCUGUGCCAACAUCUGCCUCCAGUUUCAGGCUGGCUGCAGAUGUUGGCACAUGCAAAACUUACGAACGCUUAUGCCUCACCUGACGUGCUCAUAAUGCUCAUAAUGUCACAGAUCAGACAGAACAAUGAGUGAGCAUCAGGAACUCACUAAGUUUCACAUUGCUAUGUGCUGCACCAGAGCUGGAAUUGGAUGACAAGUAAAUAUAUUAUGAAAGUCAGGGUAUAUUUCCUAUAUGUACUACCAACUACAAUAUUUAUUUUAUCUACUUUCACAAUAAGGUGAGAGGAAUGAUAUAUGGGCAGGACAUAAACCUGAGUCACUGCUGAUCCCUUGCAAUAUGUUAAUGUACUCUGUAUAUUUCAUACUAAAUGAGCGUGUUUAUAAAAUUACAUAGACAUUUCAAUAACCUUACCCAGAAAUGCUGGAACAGCGAGUACAUCCUACCUAGACAGGCUCCUUGCAAACAGAAGUCACCUUAACAUAAAAUAAAUUUGAAAAAAAAAAAAAAAGAUAUAUGAUGUACUUUACCUGAUACCAUUUUCUUUCCUCCAGAAUCUCUCAUACAUUUUAUUUCUCUCUCUUACCUUGUUUCACUUUCUCUAUGCCCCCUUUUUUCCUUAAAUAUGUGCACCUCCUGCUCCAUCUUUCUUGGUUCCCAUGAGACAUAAUCCCAUUGAGAUUUCCAUAAUCACAAGGUUUAUUUACCUCAAAUAAGGCUUUGAACUGUAAUACUCUUUUCUUAUUUAUUGCUCAACAGAAUACUUAUACAUAGGAACAUUUCUUCAUUCUGUUUUAUAUAAGCAUUUAUUUCAAUUCCCACCCUCAAACAUAAAAAUAAAGAUAACUUACCUUUUAUUUAAGUGGUGGUCCUCUCUCACUUUGAUCACGCAAGCAGAGUAUUUUAGGAAGCACAACUGGAUUUCGUCUUGAUGGCUGGGGGUGUUGUUCCAAAACCAAUAUUUAAACAUAAUAAUUAAAACAUAAAGAAUUAAGGAUAUGUGUUUUUUAUAAAGUCACACGUUUUUUCAUUAUAAACACCUUUAAAAAAAAUAUAGUGC